AUGGUUUGGGGCCGCAAACCGGAAGCCUCGGCGCCCGCAGAAACAGAAACAGACAACUCCCCGCUUCCUCCGCGGCAAAACCUGCCCCGGAAACUGCAACACAUUGUCGACCGUGAAGAUGACUUCUACGAUGACCUCUACUCCCCCUACUCCGUCGACUCAACAGACACCCCAUACCGAUACGCCGCCUACGCAAACCGAAUCCGAACAAUCCUCCUCUCAGCCCACCGCUACGUAGCCUACACCUCAGACAUAGGCGAAUCCUUCCGACCAGUCGCCCACCCAAUCCUCGUCCGCUCCGCAUACGCCGUUUCCUGGGCCUACCUCCUCGGCGAUGUCAGCCAUGAAGGAUACAAAGCAUACCUGCGUAACCGGCGCGCAUUAACCGCUCCGGGACAAGAAUACCGCGAUGCAAGCGUUAGCGUUGGCCAGGAAAUUCGCGGUAUGGCCAUGGGCAAUUUGGCAAAGCCUCUUGAUGAAAGCCUCACCGCGGCUGGAGGACAGCAGGAAUCUGAACUCACGCCCUGGCCGACGAAUACGAUUUCCCUUGCUGAGGAUUAUCGGAUGGUUAUGGUGAAGCGUGCUGUUUUUCAGAGUCUGGCUAGUAUGGGUCUGCCGGCUUUUACUAUUCAUUCUGUUGUGAAGUAUUCUGGGAAAAUGGUGCGCGGGUCUAAGGUUGCGUUUGUGAGAACUUGGGUUCCUAUUGGUCUCGGUCUCACCGUUGUCCCGUUCCUCCCGUACAUAUUCGAUCACCCUGUUGAAGAAGCAGUGGACUGGGCAUUCGGUACCGCGUUGCGCGUUUACGGCGGUGAGGAUGCAGUUCGUCCUUUGCCUGCGCAUGCGUUGAAGGGUCGUGAGAGUGGUCACUCUGCUGCUUCUUCUGGUGAGGGUCAAGGUGUGGCUGGUGCGGCGGCGCAGCUUUCUUGGGAGGAGUACAAGAGUGAGAGGCACGCGGCUAGGGAAGAGAGGAAGGAGAGUGGUGGUGGUUGGACGAGCUUGAGUUCUUAUUUUGGUGGUGGCGGCAAGGAGAAGAAGGAGUGA